CUCGCGCUGCUGAGACAAGCGGAGAACUGAGGACCGGCGGCGCGCGCUCACACACUCCACAGUCUCCAAACAAAGAGAAGCACGCGAGGCAGCAGCAGCAGCAGCAUCCCACCCCCUUCAGCCGCGAGACCCACUGACCUGCAGAAGCUAUCCCUCCCCGACCGAACCGAGCCUCGCUCGCGCAUAGAACCGACCAUGACGACAAACGGCGCGUCUAACGGAACCAGCGACAUGCUGCAGAUCCAGUUCGGCCUCAUCAACUGCGGGAACAAGUACCUGACCGCCGAGACGUUCGGCUUCAAGAUCAAUGCGUCCGCCAGCAGCAUGAAGAAGAAGCAGAUCUGGACCUUGGAGCAGACCGGGGACGAGUCCAGCUCCAACGUCUUCCUCCUCAAGUCCCACCUGGGCCGGUACAUCGCCGCCGACAAGGACGGCAACGUGACCGGGGACAGCGAGAGCCCCGGGCCGGACUGCCGCUUCGUCAUCACGGCGCACGACGACGGCCGCUGGUCCCUGCAGUCCGAGCCGCACGGCCGGUACCUGGGCGGCACCGAGGACCGGAUCAUCUGCUUCGCGCAGACCGCGUCCGUGGCGGAGAAGUGGAGCGUGCACAUCGCCAUGCACCCGCAGGUGAACCUCUUCAGCGUGACGCGCAAGCGCUACGCGCACCUGAGCGACAAGGUGGACGAGAUCGCCAUCGACCGGGACGUGCCGUGGGGGGUGGACUCCAUGAUCACGCUGGUGUUCCGCGAGCAGCGGUACCACCUGCAGACCUCCGACAACCGGUUCCUGAGGAACGACGGCGCGCUGGUCGCCACCACGGACAGGAGCACGGGCUACACGCUGGAGUUCCGCUCCGGGAGGGUGGCCUUCAGGGACUGCAGCGGCAGGUACCUGGCCCCCUCCGGGCCCUCCGGCACCAUGAAGUCCGGCAAGAGCGGCCGGGUGGGCAAGGACGAGCUGUUCGUGCUGGAGCAGAGCCACCCGCAGGUCGUGCUCACCGCGGGCAACGAGAGGAACGUCUCCACCCGGCAAGGCAUGGACCUGUCAGCCAAUCAGGACGAAGAGAGCGACCAGGAGGUGUUCCAGGUGGAGAUCUGCCGCGAAAACAGGAAGUGUGCUUUUCGGACCGCGGCUGGGAAAUACUGGACCCUGACUGCUAACGGGGGUCUGCAGUGCACCGCCUCCACCAAGUGAGUCUGAGGAGUUCAUCAUGAAGCUGAUCAACCGUCCGAUCAUCGUGCUGCGAGGCGAGCACGGCUUCAUCGGCUGCAGGAAGGUGACCGGGACGCUGGACUCCAACCGCUCCUCCUACGACUUCUUCACCCUGGAGUUCAGAGACGGAGCGUACAACCUGCAGGAUUCGACUGGGAAGUACUGGAUGGUGGGGAACGAGCAGUCGGUGGUGAGCAGCAGCGACGCUCCCGUCGACUUCUUCUURGAGUUCUGCGACUACAACAAGCUGGCCAUCCGCCACGCCGCCGAUGGCAAGUACCUCCGCGGGGACCACGCCGGCGUGCUGAAGGCCAACGCCGAUGACCUGGAGACCGCCACGCUGUGGGAGUACUGAGGGGGCAACACCACGGCACCCCCUCCUCACCCUCCUCCUCCUCACCCUUAUAUUAAACCCAYUUCUUUUUGACUGUAUGUUAAACUGCACAGAGAGAUCAGUGAGGAUGGAUGGAAGGAGACUUCCUCUCUCCUCUUUUCCUUUUUUUGUAUCCUUCAUCCCUCCGUCUCACAGCUCUGCCUCCUUUAUCUGUUGCCAUAGUUACACACGAGGGGGGGUUGCUGUGCACUUUUUCUGCUUCGAUCCGGUUCUAGAGCGGUGCCACGUUUAGAGCCCCCCCUCAGAGUUGACCUGGUGUUCUCUUCCUGUUUGUGUGAGACGUAAAUCCGAUCCCACCCCRCUGUAAAAGCAGACGCCCUCCUGGCUGCUGUCUUCUUCGUUGGUAUCAGUAGAUUUGGGGGUGUUUUGACGGGGUGGGGUCAGUUUAUCAGGUCAGAUAAGUAUUUGUUGAUAAGAGCAGGCCUUGUAGCCCGUGAUGACUGUAAUAUUAGAGUGGAUCUGAUGCAGAUGAAGGCUMUUUUUGUUUUGUUUGCAUCUAUAAGUAUUCAGUAAGUCAGUUUCCUGUGCUGCUCUCUAGCUGUGUUCUCAUUGGUUGGCGUUGAAACCAGGAUGUAGGAAGUUUUAAACCUUUUCGGUCUCUGCGAGCUCUAGCUAGUGUCGGGGAAACUAUGUGGGGUGGGGGGAAAGAAAAACUUGCACAGAUGGAUUAUUUCUUCUUCUACGUCCAAGGCACAGACAUUAUCAUAGCAACAGUAGAGAAAUGAUUUAGAGAUUUAGUAGAAAGCUGCUUUUUUUUUAACUAUUCCCUCGACCAAAACAAGCACCUCAGCCUUUACACAAACCAAACUUUUGAUAGUUAAACUAAUAUCUGGUGCUACGACACUCAUUAACCCCCUCAACAACAACAAAACCUGCUUCCUGAGUCCUAACAUUUCCAUUGAUGUAAACCCACAUUUAUUUCUUGGUUAGACUUUUUUUUGUUUUGACAUUAAAGAUGUUAAAAGGGAUGUAUUGGGAUAAAAACUGGAGGUUUUCAUGAAAUGAAUUCAGUAACUCAAGUCAUGUAGCACACCCUUCAUCAGGAAAUCUCAACAUUUGCGUCUAAACGACCAGUCGCUGUGUUCCUGUGACGAUUGUACCCAGUUCUGUUUCCUCUGUUUAGAGUCAUGUGAAGGUUUAGUUUUGCUUAAAAAGAUGGUUCUCCUGAAACAUCUGGAGCAUCAGUCCUACAGAUGCAGAGGGUAAACGUGGUAAUGACUGUGCCUUACUGGGUUAUUUUUUGUUUUUUGACGGUAGGAAAAUGUAAAAAAAGUCCACAGGUUUUGCUUUGUAAAACUGGAAAUUUCUUUUGUAUUUUGUACAAUUAUUUUUUUUUGGAUAUUGUGGAGUAAUCUCUCUUGUGCCAUUGGUUCACCCAAAAUCCAGCAACCAAUAAAACUGAGAUUUGAAUGCAGAA